AUUUUCAUCUCUGCUUGACAUUAGAUCAAAGUACAGAGAGAUAACAAACAAUGGCAAGAGAGCAACUUCAAGUGCUUAACGCUCUUGAUGGUGCUAAGACUCAAUGGUACCAUUUUACGGCGAUCAUCAUCGCUGGAAUGGGCUUCUUCACCGAUGCUUAUGAUCUCUUCUGCAUUUCACUUGUUACCAAGCUCCUCGGCCGUAUCUAUUAUCAUGCCGACGGCUCACCUACCCCUGGUUCCCUCCCUCCUAAUGUUUCUGCUGCAGUGAACGGUGUCGCCUUUUGUGGUACUCUCUCCGGCCAACUCUUUUUCGGGUGGCUCGGUGAUAAACUCGGUCGGAAAAAAGUCUAUGGUAUAACUCUCUUGCUCAUGGUGAUUUGCUCUAUUUGCUCCGGUCUGUCUUUCGGUCACAGUCCUAAAGGUGUCAUGGCCACAUUAUGCUUUUUCCGCUUUUGGCUUGGUUUUGGCAUCGGUGGUGAUUACCCUCUUUCGGCCACCAUCAUGUCGGAGUAUGCAAACAAAAAAACCCGUGGAGGAUUCAUUGCCGCUGUCUUUGCAAUGCAAGGGUUCGGUAUCCUCGCCGGAGGAACUGUAGCCAUCAUCAUCUCAUAUGUAUUCAAAAUCAAGUUUCCGGCACCAUCCUACAAAGUUGAUCCCCUCGGAUCGACAAUUCCAGAGGCUGACUACAUUUGGCGAAUAAUCCUCAUGUUCGGCGCAAUUCCUGCGGCAUUAACUUACUAUUGGAGGAUGAAAAUGCCGGAGACGGCAAGGUACACAGCUCUCGUUGCCAAGAAUGCUCAACAAGCUGCCUCUGACAUGUCGAAGGUCCUUCAGAUUGAGAUACAAGAAGAUCAAUCUAAUGCCGAAAAGGUUAUCAAUGCAAGAGGCCAAAAAUAUGGUCUUUUCUCUGGCGAGUUCCUCCGUCAUCAUGGCCUCCAUCUUCUCGGCACAGCAACAUGCUGGUUCCUCCUCGACAUCGCCUUUUACUCGCAAAACCUCUUCCAGAAAGACAUCUUCAGCUCAAUCAACUGGAUUCCUAAAGCAAACACAAUGAGUGCAGUUGAAGAAGUUUACAAGAUUGCAAGAGCACAAACACUCAUAGCACUCUGCGGCACCGUCCCCGGCUAUUGGUUCACCGUUUUCCUCAUCGAUAAAAUCGGUCGGUUUUCAAUUCAGCUUAUCGGUUUCGGAAUGAUGACAUUGUUCAUGCUUGGCCUUGCCAUUCCUUACCAUCACUGGACAACCUCCGGCAAUCACAUUGGCUUUGUGGUUUUAUACGGAUUGGCAUUCUUCUUCGCCAAUUUCGGUCCUAACAGCACUACAUUCAUUGUUCCGGCCGAGAUUUUCCCGGCAAGAUUGCGGUCAACUUGUCACGGUAUUUCAGCUGCUGCUGGCAAGGCGGGGGCGAUCAUCGGCUCAUUCGGGUUUUUAUAUGCUGCACAGAACCAAGAUAAGGCAAAAGUCGAUCACGGAUAUUCACCGGGGAUUGGUGUUCGGAAUUCAUUGUUUGUUCUUGCAGCAUGCAAUCUCUUGGGUUUUUUCUUUACUUUCCUCGUGCCAGAGUCGAAGGGGAAGUCACUGGAGGAAAUAUCCGGUGAGAAUGCUUCUGGCAGCUCGACGUCGAUGACAACUAACGGUGAUCUUCCUCCUGUCUGAGCCUAAUCUCAUUCCUUGAGAAUAUUAUAGUAUUCUCUUAGAAUUCAAUUCACUCUUUUAUAUACUCUUUAUGUUUAUUGAAACCAUGCUUUGCAGCAAACCUUUAAUUUACUAUGCACUUCUUGUGUUGUUUUCAUCUUAGAAUUAACAAAAUUUGGUGUAGAAAUAGU